AUGAUGAAGCUCAACAGAUAUGAUAUCGUCUUCAAGUUUCUAAAAGGAAAAGACCUCGUAAUAGCAGACACUCUAAGUAGAGCUUACUUAGAUGAACCAACAGAAAAGCGACUAGAUAUCUUCAUGGUUCAAGUCAACCCCAAUCUGAAUGACUCAAGAUUAAUGGAAAUCAAGGAGGCAACAGCCAAAGAUCCUGACCUUCAGGACCUGAUUGAAACUAUACAGUCAGGAUGGCCAGAUCGGAAGAGUGCUGCUAAGGAAAGCUGUCAGCCAUAUUUUGAUUUCCGUGACAGUUUAAGUGUAUAUGAUGGAAUCAUUGUCAAAGGAGAGUCCAUCAUAAUUCCAAAAAGUGAACGUCAAGAUAUUAAACAGCGUCUACACAGCUCGCACAAUGGAUACGAUUCUAUGCUGAGAAGAGCUAGGGGAUCCGUGUAUUGGCCUGGGAUGAAUGUAGAACUCAGGCAGUUAGCAUCUUCUUGUAAACCUUGCCAAGAACUCAAACCCCGCAAUAUUAGUCCUCUGCUGAAACAACAUGAUGAUGGCAAUGCUCCUUGGAAUAGAAUUGGCCUUGAUCUCUUUGAAAUUAAGGACAAGAACUAUCUUGUGGCCAUUGAUUAUUUCAGCAAUUUUAUUACCAUUGACUUGCUAAAGAAGACAACAUCUAAAGCAGUGGUUGGUGUUCUGAAGAAACAAUUUACAUUCUUUGGCAUCCCAUCGACAAUUGUAUCUGAUGGAGGACCAUAA